AUGCCUCUGCUUGAUUUACCAAAUGAACUUCUGCAAGUUAUCGCAGAGGAGCUGGAGUUAGCAAGCGAUAUAAAUGCUUUCGCACAAACAAACACCCGCCUUUACAGGCUCCUAAAUACGUAUCUUUAUCUUUACGAUGUCAAUCAACUUGGAAGUUCCGCAUUAUAUUGGGCUACAAAACAUGGACAAGAGGCUACAACUCGCAAAUCACUUCAACAGGGGGCUCAUAUUGAGAGUAUGUUCGAAUCAAAUCGGACUCCACUAGCGCUAGCCGCAGAAAAUGGACAUGAGAUCGUGGUCAAGCUGCUGCUCACCACAGAGGGCGUUAAUCCAGACAGCAAGGAUGUUUUCAAACGGACGCCGCUGUCAUUAGCAGCUGAGAAGGGACAUAACGCAGUGGUCAAUCUACUGCUCCUCACAAGCGGGGUCGACCCGGACUCUAGAGAUCAUCAAGGACAAACGCCCCUAUCGUGGGCAGCAGAAUACGGAAGGGAGGCGGUGGUCAAGCUGCUGCUUAGUACAGAAGGUGUUAACCCAAACUCCAAGGAUCAAAAUAGAAGGACGCCUCUGCUGCACGCUGCAGAGAAGGGACGUGAGGCAGUGAUCAAGUUAUUUCUAGCCACAGAUAGCGUUGACCCAGACUGCAGGGGUUCCCUCGGAUGGACGCCACUAGCGUUGGCGGCACAACGUGGACAUGAGGUAGUGGUCAAGCUGCUGCUCGAUGUAAAGAGCGUUGACGCAGAUUCCAACAACUAUCUCAAGCGGACCCCGCUUUCGCUGGCAGCACAGAGCGGACAUGAUGCGGUAGUCAAGUUGUUGCUCGCUAUGGCGGGUGUUAACCCAGACAGCAAAGAUUCUGACGGACAGACGCCAUUAUCUCAAGCGGCAGAGAAUGGGCGUGAGGCGGUGGUCAAACUGCUACUUGCCACGAGGGGUGUUAACCCAAAUUCUAAGGACUUCUUCGAACGGACGCCACUGUCAUUGGCGACGCGGAAUGGGCAUAAGACAAUAGUUAAACUGUUUCAGAUACAUGGGCUAGCUGGUCGAGAUAUUGCCAACCAUUAG